AUGGUCGUGUUGAAGAUCAUCGAGGCGAUGCAUGCCAGAGCUGGGGUGGGGAUCGACCUGGUGGGGAUCGACCUGGUGGGGAUCGACCUGGUGGGGAUCGACCUGCCCAUGGACGUGUUGAAGAUCAUCGAGGCCAUGCCAGAGCUGGGGAUUGACCUGGCGGGGCUGCCCCCGCCGGCACAGACGCCGGAGAAUCUCAUUCCGGGCAUCGGGCCCAGCAAGGGCGGCAAGGGGCCGCCCGUGUUGCUGCUGCCCACGCUCAUAGAGCGGUUGAAUGCGGUGGCGAGGAGGAUGAUUCAGAACGGGGCAGCCUCGGUGUGCACGCGCGUGUACAGGGAGGUGCGAGGCAACUCGUUGGAGCAGUCGUUGAAGCGGCUGGGCGUGGAGAUGGUGACGCGGGACGACGUGCUGCGCAUGCAGUGGGAGGAGCUGGAGACCAAGAUCGGCAACUGGAUCCAAUUCAUCAAGAUCUGCAUGAUGCUGGUGUUCCCAUUGGAGCGGGAGCUGUGCUACCAGGUGUUUGCGGGGCUGGACCCGCACAGGGAGAUCUCGUACGCCGAGAUGGGCGACCGCGGCCUCUCCCUGCUGCUCUCCUUCGGCGAGGCCAUCGCGUCCAGCCAGAAGUCGCCCGAAAAGCUCUUUGUGCUGCUCGACAUGUACGAGACCAUCCGCGACUCCAUGCCCAUGGUGAGACUCCAUGCCCAUGGUGAGACUCCAUGCCCACGGCCCCCCGCCCUCUGUGCCCCUUUCCCUCCAUUCCUUGCCACCUUCCCCACCACCCUCCUCCCCAUUCCCCACAUUCCCCCCCACCCCCCCUCCGUUCCUUUCCUCCUCCAGGUGAUUGACGCCUUCCCGGGCAACGCGUGCAUCCCGUGUCGGGAGUACCUGCGCUCCCUUCAACGCAGCUUGGCGGAGAUCAGUCGGGACACGUUCAGCGAGUUUGAGGACGCGGUGGAGAAGGACAGCACGCGCACGCCUGUCGCUGACGGGACCGUGCAUCCGCUCACCAGCUACGUCAUCAACUACGUCAAGUUUCUGUUCGAGUGCGUAUGCUUCUGUGCGGUGAUCUACAUCAAGUUCCUCUUCGAGUGUGUACUGCCUGGUUCUCUGAGGUUCUCUUCAUCAUCUCGUUCUCCCGCGCUCCUCACUCCCUCCUCUCUCUUCCAUCCCCCAGUUACGAAGGCACAUUACGCCAACUCUUUGAGGAAGCAGAGAAGGAGCGAGGUGAAAAGGACUGGCAGGGCGGGGACCCAUCCGCCAGAAGCCGCGGCUGGAGGUGGCGACGCUGCGCAUCCUGACAGUGCUGGAGAGCAACCUGGAGGCCAAGGGGGUGUGCAUAAAGGGGCGUGCUUCGGGAGCAACUCUCACACCUUUCAAGACCUCUGUCCCCUGUCCUUCUCUUCUCUUUUCAUCGCUUUUUUCCCUCGCUUCUCCCCACCUCCUCUCUUUCCCCCAUCUCCCAGUUAUGAAGGGACGCUGCGACAGCUCUUCGAGGAGGCAGAGAAAGAAAGAGGCGAGAAGGACUGGCAAGGUGGGGACCCGUCAGCACGGCAGAAGCCGAGGCUGGAGGUGGCGACGCUGCGCAUCCUGACAGUGCUGGAGAGCAACUUGGAGGCCAAGGCCAAGCUGUACAAGGACCUCGCGCUCACACAGCUCUUCCUCAUGAACAACAAGCACUACAUCGUGCGCUCCAUCCGCAAGGACCUGGCGCUCACACAGCUGUUUCUCAUGAACAACAAGCACUACAUCGUGCGCUCCAUUCGCGAGUCGGGGCAAGCGCAGCAGCUGCUGUGGUGUGAUGACGUCGGAGCAGGCGCGGCAGCUGGUGGGGGAGGAAUGGAUACAGCUGCUGUGAUGACGUCGGAGCAGGCGCGGCAGCUGGUGGGGGAGGAGUGGAUCCAGCGGCAUCGCAAGAUCGUGCAGCAGCACCAAGCCAUGUACCAGAAGCUGGCGUGGAGCAAGGUGAGGGAUGAGGGGAGUGAGGGGAGAGGGCAUGGAAAGAGAGAGUCACUGUGCAGUGCAGCAGCACCAGGCCAUGCACCAGAAGCUGGCGUGGAGCAAGGUGGGUUGGAGGGGGUCCACGACGUCUUCAAGCACUUCAGUAUCAUCAAGCGCGAAGAGGGCAAGGCACAGCAGUACGAGUGCAAGUACUGCUUCAAGGUCUUUUCAGGUGCCGCCAUCCGAUGCGCUCAGCACCUUAGCUCAUGGAAGAAGAUGAAGCGCCGCGAGGUGGCGCUUUGCGGGAAGGCACCUGCUGAUGUUCGCCUCGAGAUCCGCAAGAAGUACGAGGCGCAUGCUGCUGCGAAAGAAGAGAAACAGCGAGCGGUGUUGGUUGCUAUAGCGUCGGUCAAAGCCGGUGGCAAACGGGCCCGCAUGACCGACUACCUCGAGGGCGACGCUGCUGCGGCAAAAAGUGAAGCACAUGAAGGUCUUGCGCUCAUGAUUGCCGCAUGUCGCCUCCCGGAGAACGUGGUCGAACAUCCGCUCUUCGUCAACUCUAUGCACCUGGUCGCCCGCGCCGGGAAGGGCUACCUUCCGCCACGUCGCAAGUACAUCGGAGGUGCCGGACUGCUCGCUUGCCGCAAGUGUAUUGAGAACGGCUUGAUGGGGAUCAAGGCCAGCUGGAAGAAGACAGGUGUUACCAUCGCGUCCGACAUGAUGAUAGACAAGUGUGGCAGGCCGCAGGCGAAUGUCCUCCUUGUCAACGACGCGGGCGCUGUCCUGAAGGAGUGUGUGGACUGCAACAUGGAGAAGAAAACAGGGGGGUACAUCGCGGGGAUACUGAAACCCGUCGUGGAGGAAGUCGGACCCGAGAACGUCGUCGCGUUCUGUAUGGACGGGGGUUCCAACUACGCGUCAGCGUGCCGGAAGCUGAUUAAGAUGUGGCCCCACAUUCAACAGGUUCCAUGUGCCACCCACGUCAUGGACCUGAUGAUGGAGGACGUGGGAAAAAUGGGGUGGGCAAAAAAGGUGGUUGACCGUGGCGGUGAGAUGAGCUCCUUCACCCGCAACCACCAUUGGACGCGCGGUUACUUGCGGGACCGUAAGUUGGUGGAGGGGAAGGUGUUGCAGCCGUUGAAACCCGCGGGGACCCGCUUUGGGACCCAAUACAUUGCUAUCUCCCGUCUCUGUCAGCUUCGCCCCACCCUUACGCAGAUGGUCGUCAAUGACGAGUGGAAGGUGUGGGCUGCUGGAUCGCGCAAGGAGGUUGCAGAGAAGUUCGCCGCGCAGGUACUCGACACGGCGUGGUGGAAAACUGCCGAGUUUUUCACCAAGCUGAUGCAGCUCCCUUUCAAGGCGAUGUGCAUGACUGACGGGGAGGCAAAAGGGAUGAUGGGCAAGAUCUAUGACGUGAUGCUUCAACUCGCGGAGGACGUUGAGGCUCUCGUGGACGCAGAUGAGGAGCAGUUGUGCAUCAGCGAUAAGAAGCAGAUCUGCCGCAUCCUCAAAGACCGGUGGGACGAGAGCCUCGCGUGCGCCAUGCACGUGGCAGGCCGCAUCCUCAACCCCGUGAACCAGGAAGAGGACAUUUUCGGCGGCGACGCCGAAUGCACGCGUGUCUUCAAGGCGUUUCUUCACCAGCAUGCAGAGUUCCUCGUCGGCCACGACGGGAAGGGGAGGGAUGCGGCCUGCGAUUACUUGGUUGAGCUGGGGGACGGGCUGAGGGAUUUCCUGGACAUGAAGGGUAGUUUCGGGAUGGCAGAGGCUGUGGCACAAAGGGAGAUGGUGAAGGCGGGAAAAUACAGCAUGGUGAAGUGGUGGCAGUGGAACGGAACAGAUGCCCCUCGCCUUGCGUCCCUCGCCAUCCGGAUUCUCUCGCAGCCCGUCUCGGCUUCACCCUGUGCUGGGCUUGCUGAGGCUGCAGUGAGCAAGGCUCAAGUGCUGACCGUGCUGAGCCCGCAGGGGGAGGUGAUCAACAAGAACACACUCAAGGAGAGGCUGAAGGUGUUCAAUGCUGCGUUUGAGGAACAAUACAACAAGCAGCUCACGUGGACCAUCCCAGACGCGGAGCUACAGAAGGUGGUGCGCCAGUCUGUCAUCGACCAGGUGCUGCCUGCCUACCGCGACAUGCUCAAGCGCUACGGCCCGGUGGUGGACGCAUUGAAAAAUCUCUCAAAGCACGUCAAGUAUCAGCCGGAGGACAUCGAGCGGCUAAUUCGGCAGCUCUUUGAGGGCCGCCAGGUGGUUGGCGAGGCCAGCAAGGGCAAGGCGUCGCUGCUCAAGUAG